CGGAGACACCGGAAGCCUGGAGAGCUUGGCUGUUAUCAGAUUGCUUGAUGGAUGACCAAUUGGAUGUCGAUCAGGUGUGUAAUCAACAACUGUCCUUCCAUCAAGAUUUCCGUUAAUUCCGCAAUGGCACCAGUCCAUCCAUCUAUAACAUCUGUUCUCCAAAGCUCCUAAUCUGUUGUCAACAAUUUCGUGAUAGCAAACCAGUGGCGUCAAAGCUGGCUGCCUGUCGUCCCUGCUCCUGAUCCUGUAGCGUCGCGUUCCUGUCCGUCACGAACCAAAAGCUCGGGAUCAUACUACGUUCCCAUCCCCUUUUAUCUCACCCGUCACACCAACAGCAUCACACCCACCUUACAGCUAUGCCAGAUCAAUACGAGGGCGACGACUCGUCGUCACCGGGCCAGACCGUCGCGUCUGAACAGACCCCCUUACUCCGGUCCGACACCAGCUCUCAGACUAGCCGCAGUGCACCAUCAAGCCCCGAGUGCCAAGAUGCGCCGGCGGCCGAUGGUGAUGAAGCGAAUCAGAAAGUCAGCCCGAGACGGGCCGUGGCGAUUAUACUCAGUAUCUAUGUUCUGAUAUUUCUGCAAGCGAGCAAUAUGUCUGGUAUGACGAUGGCCCAGUCCGCCAUUGCCGAAGAUCUAGACGCUUAUGAGUACGCCAUGUGGUUCACGAGCGCAUACCUCAUCGCGCUAUCGUCACUUGCGCCCCUGACGGGCCGGUUGGCUACCAUUUUCUCGCCGCGGAGCAUGGUGCUAGUCGCGUCUGUGUUUUUCGCUCUUGGGGGGGUUAUCACGGCGGGGGCGUACUCAUUCUCAGUUUUCAUCCUGGGACGGGUUGUCACCGGGAUGGGAGGUGCGGGGCUUAUGGUGCUGGCUUUUAUUCUCGUGCUGGAAUUGACGAGUAAGAAGCAGAGGGGAUUGUUUGUGGGCAUGGUAAACGCGGGUUUUACGAUGGGCAUCUCGCUUGGGGCUGUGGUUUUCGGAAUUUUGAUUCCGGUCACGGGAUGGAGGGCUCUGUUCUGGAUCCAGGUCCCUGCUGGAUUUAUCGCAGGCCUGGGCGUGUACUUCAGCAUCCCUAAGUCGUUCACGUCGGGGCAGGGGGAGGGGGGUAAGGGUGUGUCGAUCAGCACGAAACUUAAGAAGAUUGACUAUCUGGGUGCUGUGGUGCUGACGGCUACUAUUGUGUGCUUCUUAUACGGCCUGUCUGGAAAGAUAGAGGUUACCCCUAUCCUGGUUUCCCUUGGUUUGCUCAUCAUAUUCGUGCUCAUUGAGCGCUUCGUCGCCGCCGAUCCAAUCAUUCCCAUCGCCAUCCUCCAAGACCGCGGUACAUUACUAUCUUGCUUCUCCCAAUUUGGAUUCAUGGCCUCCCGUUGGGCCGUCCUAUUCUACGCGCCCAUUACCGCCCUCGCCGUAUUUGGUUUGUCCCCCGGGGCGAGCGGCAGCAUGCUCAUUCCCACCAAUAUCGGAUUCGGUGCAGGGGGCUUGCUCGUCGGCUGGCUGCACGUCUGCCGAGCGGGGAGUUUCUGGACUUCUUGUCUCGUGUCUAUCGCCCUAUUCGCUGUGUCACUCUUGACACUCUCUAUUUCUUCCAGCCCCAGCAUAUCGAUAUGGGUAUACAUCACGACUCUCUUCUUUAAUGGCCUUUUUACUGGGGCCACCCUGAACUAUACCCUGGCCCAUAUGCUACACUUGACGCUGCCGGAGAACCAUUACAUUGCUACGAGCCUACUGGGCACGUUCAGGGGCUUCGCGGGAAGCUUCGGCAGUGCGAUUGGAGGCGGGAUAUUCAUGAGGACGCUGAGGGGAAGUUUGGAAAGGGGGUUCAGAGUCGUGGAUGGCACGGAUCAGCUUAGCCAGGGCCGGAAGAAGCUGGUAUCGAGACUCAUUGGCAGUCCAGCGUUCGUGUACAAUGGUGGGCUCGGAGACAUUGACCAGCAGGUCGCUGUUCAGGGUUACGUCGAUGGCUUGAAGGUCCUGUUCCAGGCGGCUCUGGUUCUAUCGUUUAUGGUGCUGGUGAUCCAGGCCGCGGCGGGUUGGAAGGGACCUCUUGAUAAAAAGGAAGAUACUGAGGAAUUUCGGGAGGCACUUAUGGAGCAUGACCCGGAACUUGAGGCCUGAAGUUGUCUAGGGAAAUACUAUGUUUUACAAGUAAUGUGUAAUAAGGGAAAUAAGGUAUUCCAUUGAGGGGAAUAACGUAGAGGCUUGUAUAUGUGUAAAAGUAGAGUAAAGAUAAGAGACACAGCACUGGUAUAGUCGCAAUAUUCACCGUCAUUACGUUCC